CGCAUGUGUUCAAUAUCUUUCAAAUGACUUAUUUUACAAGCUUUGUAAAGCAUACCGCGACAAGUCUUUCUCCGGGUUGUUGCAUGAUGUCGAUAUAAUGGGCCUUACCAAUCAGGAGAGUGGCGGGCUUCCAGGUCUUCAAUCAGCAUUUCAAGAACCCUAUCGAGGAGAGACCCACAAGCUGCUUAUCGAGACAUUGAAUAAGUAUUCGCAGCCAAGCGGGUACGGCCCAAGUCACAGGCCAUAUAAUCUGUCUCUAUCAGUCAUCCAGUCGUCGGGUAUGGGGAAAUCCAGAAUGGUUCACGAAGCCGCGCACUCCGUAUUUACGAUUCCAAUCAAUAUUCGUGAGGAGUUUGGCCCCGUUCUCAAAUCCUAUCCUCCUCCAGACGAGGAGUUUCGCCAUUAUUUUCAAGAACAUGAUACCAAAAGCGAUCUUCGGUUGCAGGCAGAGUACGCAAUUAUAUUGGGCGUGUUAUUCACAAAGGCCGCCGAACUCCUUGAGAAACCCAUUUUCGAACAUAAAACAGGAACAGCGCUAGCAUCAGAAUGGGCUAAUUAUCUCAACGAAGGACAGACCAGCACCGAAGUUGGUACGAAUAGGAAGAAGUUCCUGGAUUCUGUGGUGGAUCGGGCACGGCAGCUCCAAUCAGCGGAGCUGGGUGUCCCACGACAAAAUGAAAAAGAAGCUCAAAGGAAACUGCACCUCCUCAUACCCUGGAUGCAGGACUCCUGCCGCAAGUUUAUCAAGGCCAUCUCUAGUGAUGAUGGGAGAGCAGAAGAUGUCAAAUGCAUCGUUUACUUUGAUGACGCUCACCAGCUUACCGAACCCGUCUCACCGAACAAUGCAAGGAGGUACUCGCCCCAUCAUAACUUUGGCACAGUGCUGUCUGAGCUGGCAUAUUCCCCUGUUUUUUUCAUCUUUUUAUCUACGAGUUCUCAUCCCCCGGAAUUCAAUCCCUUUCCCGCAAGCCAUCCAUCAGUUCGCGUCGCUCAGGGCCUCCGCCUUUCCCCUCCUUUCACCGAGCUGCCGUUCGACAUAUUUGUGGACAAAGUAUUUGAAAAUUUGGAAAGUCAGAAGAAAAAUCGUAGCCUUGAAAACGUGGGCCAAACGGGUGUGAUGGCGGGGUUCGGACGUGGCCUAUGGUAUGUCUACCACAAAAACUGGUUGGAGCAGAAAGAAUUGCCUGUUAUAUCAUUCGCCAGAGACAAACUGAUCGCGGAAGGGAACGAAGCGGAAGUAUUCCACUCUCUCAUUGCUGCUCUGGGGAUUCGCAUCGGGAUAAUUUUCGACAUUAUACUUCAAGCCUCGAGGACUAUGGAAUCAAAACUCGUUGAGUCGCACAUGCGUGUUGUUUACGCCAUCCCCGAGCAUCGCGAGUUUAUGCAUGCCGGAUCGCCCUCUGAACCUAUACUGGCUGAGGCAGCAGCGAGGCAUCUGAAUGAUCCUUCGAAUGGCAGCACAAUAGAAAUUCAAGGUCCAGAAAUUCUAGCUCAGGCUCGUGAGAAGGGACUUCUUGCAAAGGGAGAGCACGGGGAACUCUGCGGUCGACUUCUUGUGACCAUUGCACAUGACAUUGCCCUCCGACAAAAACACUCCUUGCCAAAAGAAUUUUUACCUGAUCCAUAUUUCCAUCGGCCUGUCCAUGUCCUCGACUUUCUCAAAGCUCUAUUUGCGAAGCAAUUCGAAACCGUGAUACUGGAUGCCCACUCGGUGACGGCCAAGGCGGAUGUCCCUGAUUUGAAAACUGCAUUUGCAAAUGCCUAUAUCUUUUUUUCCCAUUUCGCUCUGGCCAAAAACUCUGAAAUGCUCUCUGCUCCAAACCUGGCGGUAGCUCUGCUACGUGGCAUGGCUCUCCAAGCCGAAGAUAAUGAGGGGUCGAUUGAUGCUAUUAUUCCUGUUCAUAUGGGUCACCCAACCGAAUCUAUCUCACCGGAAUCGACAUCAGCCAUUAACUUGCAAUUUAGGAAUCGCAAAGAGGCCGACCCUUGCCGUGUUUUUCGCCCGAUCACUGUUCCGGAUGAAGAGAUGCCAGUAAUAUCGAUCAUUUUCGAGCUCGGAGCCAGGAAGAUAGGAGAAGCUGGACUUGUGACCAUCACUGAAGAGAUACCUCGCAACAGUUGCAGCUCGGGGAACAAAUUGCACUGGGACGACCACCAUUAUGAAAUUGUUGCUUACGGUUGCAUUUCGGAGACUUUCGCAGCGAUUCCAUCAGCUGUUCAGCCACAUUACCAGUCUGUUCUCGUGGCUCGAACUAUUGUUGAGGACUUUCCUCGGGCAGGAAACGACAAAAGUUUGCGAGCUUUUGAGAACUUAAAACCGUUCUUUGAUGGCCUUCAAGAACCAGUGAUACGGGCAGAGCAGUUGGAAAGCGAAUGAUUGGUUUCAAUUGUAUGUACAUGGCCUUGAUGUCUAAGUAAUACAGAUUCAAUACGAUUUUUGUACUCUUGAGGUUGUGCUGACAGGCCCAUUGUGAUCAAUAUGGAGC